CCGCUGCUUCUCUCCUCUGCCCACACCAAUUCACACUUUUGGCUCAACACACCACUGGCAGCACUGCCUCUCCCUCUUCACCUCCACCCACCUGAUGCUUCCACUCCCCCCCUUAGCCUCUCCCCACCAUCCCCUAACCCGUGCCUCACCCCCAAUAAAGAUGAACCAGGCGGUGCCAGGAGGCGUGUCGAUGAGUCCUGGGCACGAGGGUGGGUACGGCGAGUGCCAAGUGCCCUCUCCCUCCCAAUGGUCCGACCCUUGCUACUCCCCACCUUCCUUCCACUCCCCUCAGCACCUGCCGGGGGAGCUGGAGAAGGUGAAGGAGGAACCCUUCUCCCCCUCCCCACCCUCCAACUGUGGCACCCUUCCACCCUCCCCUCCUGCCCCCCACCGUGCCUCUCCCUACGCCCGCCCUCAACCCAACCUGAAGAAGGAAGGAUUCGAGGCCUCGCUGAGCCUGUCUGAGCUGCUGGCGGAGAACCAGGUGCUGGCGAACGUGCACCCUCAGGCGGCACUCUACGCCCCCUACCCUGACCACCCUCUCCUGCGGGGCCGCUUGGAAGAUAACACCUUCCAGAAGAAGAUGGCGGCUCUGCCGUACAAAAGUCCGUCGCCAAGCAGCAUGAACGAUGGCCUUGGUUUCCUGGACAUGCUGGUGGACGUGAAGCAAGAGGAGGAGGAGGAGGUUAGUGUGGGAUCCUCCUGUGGGUCACCUGCUGUUCCCGCCAAUAACCAUGCCACUUCUGCCGCCGUUGCGUCCGCCGCUGCCGCCGCCGCCGCAUGUCAGAGGGACAUUUUGGAGACGGUGGAGCAGCUGGCACUGGAACAUGCCAGGAGGGACGUCCAGCGUGUCUCCGACUCGCUCAACAUUCCCAGGGAUCCUGCUCUGUGGAGUGUCGAUGAUGUCCGUGCCUGGCUCAACCUCCAGGCAACCCAACUCCACCUCCCACCUCUCAUGCUCAACUUCUGGAACUUAGGCGGCCCUGCGCUUCUUAAACUGACGGAGGCACAGUUCCGUCAGCUGGCUCCCGUAGGUGGCGAGCUACUCUACGCCCAACUGGAGAUCUGGCGAGGAGCUCUGCGAGCUGCACCCAAGCUGCCCCAGUACCAGUACAGGUACCGCCUCUACCCUGAUCCUAUCAUCAUCCAUCAACAGCAACAGUGCCACCAGCAAGUACCGCAAACAACCCAGCUGGAAAACUCGGGCCAAAUUGGCUCCCCUGGCCAGCAGCUGGGCUCCCAUAACCAGCAACUGGGGUCCCCUGGCCAGCAGCUGGGCUCCCAUAACCAGCAACUGGGGUCCCCUGGCCAACAACUGGGCUCCCCUAACCAGCAGCUGGGCUCCCAUAACCAUCAGCUGGGGUCCCCUGGCCAACAACUGGGUUCCCCUGGCCAACAACUGGGCUCCCCUGGCCAACAACUGGGUUCCCCUAGCCAACAACUGGGCUCCCCUGGCCAACAACUGGGCUCUCCUGGCCAACAGCUGGGCUCUCCUGGCCAACAGCUGGGCUCCCCUGGCCAACAGCUGGGCUCUCCUAACCAACAACUGGGCUCCCAUAACCAGCAACUGGGCUCACCUGGCCAGCAGUUGGGCUCCCCUGGCCAGCAGCUGGGCUCCCCUGGCCAGCAGCUGGGCUCCCCUGGCCAGCAGCUGGGCUCCCCUGGCCAGCAGCUGGGCUCCCCUGGCCAGCAGCUGGGCUCCCCUGGCCAGCAACUGGGCUCCCCUGGCCAGCAACUGGGCCCCUCUGGCCAGCAGCUGUGCUCUCCUAACCAGUCUAGCCCUUCGAUGUCCCUGACUACUAACUUGGGCCAAGUGCCCACGCCAGUAGUGCAGGUGACGCAGCACCUGCAGGCUGGUGGCACCGGCUCCUGCCAACCCCAGACGGGAACCCCAUCCCCACAACCAUCGCAACAGCAAGCCUCUGGUGGCGUCUACCUGGAGGAACAAUGUCUCGAGAUGACGACCCUUCUUCAGCAACAAGCCAGCAGUCCCAAGGCCGCCCACACCACCAGAGUCCCCGCCCACUCUCCCCAGGACGACGCCUAUGAUUCUGAUGAAGAGGUGGAGGACGAGGUAUGUGGAGGCAGCAGCGGGAGCGGUGGCCGCGGCGGCACCCAUAUUCAUCUGUGGCAGUUCCUAAAGGAGCUCCUGCAGCAGCCUCAGCUCUACGGCUCUUGCAUCCGCUGGCUAGACCGGCAGAAGGGUGUCUUCAAAAUUGAGGACAGCGUGCGUGUGGCGAGGUUGUGGGGCAAGCGCAAAAACCGCCCUGCCAUGAACUACGACAAACUAUCGCGCUCCAUCCGCCAGUACUACAAGAAGGGCAUCAUGAAGAAGACCGAGCGCUCUCAGCGGCUUGUGUACCAGUUCUGCCACCCCUACUGUCUGUAGGGUUUGGUCAGACCACAGAGUGCGUGUGUGUAUGUGUCUGUGAGUGAUCAACCUAAUGUUAAGGGGGGGAAGGUAAUUUCCCUUGAUUCCGCACAUGGUCUGUGGACGACUCGGCCUAAGUCAGGGCUUGAGCUCCGCACCAAGGCCUUGUGCGUUAUUUUUACACCAUAUAUCUAUGAUAUAUUCCCAUGUGUAAGUUCUAUGAACUUCAUUUUAUUUACGUCCGUGACGGCAUCAGUUAGUGUUGUCCGGACUCCCGUAGGCCUAUGUUGUUACUUAGCUCUAUGGUAGGUUUAAGGUAUAAUGUUAAGGUGUAUUAGUGAAGUAGGCAGGAGGGUAGAGGGGUCCGUCCAUAUAUUGUCGGGCCCCUCCACCAACGCCGAAGUUUCGCUGUAUUUACAAGUAGCAGUAGAUAAGUGUAAGUUAAGUUGAUGAAAUACCAGAUGUAGCCGUGGGGGCGGGUUGAGGAACCGGCCGACACCUCCCCCCUUCCCACGGCCCUGCGGCGCCUCCACCACCGCCGCCUCUGGGUGACGCUGCGGGAGGCGCCUCUCCUGGACAUCGCACGCCCGCGUCGCCAUCCACUGUGGUGGCCAUGCGGGCGCUGUGGACUUGGUUGAGUUGUUAGUGGAUCUCACAACUCUGUCAAGUCCAACGGAGGUGUGACUUGCGUGCAUGUUUUACGUGUGUGCGUGAGAGUUGGCGCGCCUAAUGUGUGUGUGUGUGUGACAGGCCUGUGGGCGUGGUUAAGGUGUUUAUUCAUGCCGUAACCACACCCAACUAUCGCCUAGGUCAACACCUCCAUCAGUAAGUUUACUUGUGCUAAACAAUAUAUUUUAAGAAUAUAUAUAUAUUUAUUUAUGCUACAAAGUACUUUGUAUUUUAUAAAAAAAAAACAAAAAAAAUCCCUACCCUGUGUUAACUGAAGAGGAUACAUAUAUGUAUAUGUAUUGUAAUGCUUCUUGUCAAAAAUAUACUCCACCCAAAA